AGUUAUAACAAAUUGGCGACGGGGUUUUACUUUAAUUCAGUGCAGUUAUAACAAAUUGGCGACGGGGUUUUACCUUAAUUCAUCGCAGUUAUAGCAAGCAAACGACGACAGUUUUUCUUCUGUUCAGCGCAACUAUAUAACAUUUUUGACUGUGUUAAUUACAACCCAAUUACAAUGUCUAUCUCUCUGGACGAUCUCAAAUCUAUCUUGCAGCAGCAGCAGGUUCAGAAUGAAGCAGCUCAACUAAAAUUAAUCGAAGCUCUCACUCAGAAGCUGUCCAUUCAAGUUCCAUCAACAUCUCAUUCUGACAAAUAUGAAAGCAUCUCAAAUUCCAUUAGUGAGUUCAACUACGACCCAAUAUCUGGUCUCGUAUUUGAUGCAUGGUUCAAUCGUUACGAAGAUGUUUUCCGUAUUGAAUGCUACAUGUUUGAUGAUGCUGCCAAAGUCCGAUUGUUACUAAGAAAACUUGGUACUGUUGAGCACAACAGAUAUGUUAACUUCAUUCUGCCUAAGAACCCACUUGACAAAAAUGCCUUCCGAUGAUUAUGUGACUUACGCUGGCAAA